UGAACCUCAGCACACGUGUGCUUGCGCCCUCUUGUGGUAAAAGUAAAACAUCGCAAGAAACUUCUUUUCAGGUUAAUCUUUUAAUCUUCUAAAGCCUUUAAGAUCAAAUAAACCACAAGCUUUCAACCUGAGACUCUUGCAGACAAAAAAAAUGCGAUUUUGUUUCAUAAAACUCUGUAGAUUAAUUUUUUUGUCGUUGACGUUCCCUCUUCAUCUCUUGGACGUGAUGGGCUUGUGUUGUCCAUACAAACGCUUGUUUCCCCUGCUCGUCUACAACAGCACGUUUUCAUACAACCACAAAAUGCACAAYAUAAAGAGAGGACUUUUUAGAAACGUGGUGAGAUUCGCAAACACCGACGGCUCUCUUCGGCUGCUGGAGAUCGGCUGUGGAAGCGGGGCGAACCUGAGGUUUUACCCCUACGGCAGCUCGGUGACCUGCACCGACCCCAACCCACACUUCGAGCGGUACCUGCGGAUGAGCAUGGCCGCCAACAAGCACCUGACCUAUGAGAAGUUUUUAUCUGUCCCCGGAGAGGACAUGAGGGGCAUAGAGGACGAGUCWGUGGACGUGGUUGUGGGCACACUGGUCCUGUGUUCUGUGAACAAYGUGCAGAAAGUCCUGCAGGAGGUCCGACGAGUCCUCCGAACGGGAGGAGCCUUCUACUUCUUGGAGCACGUGGUCUCUGAUUCGUCUACGUGGACGUACUUCUUUCAGUACAUAUUUGAGCCUGUUUGGUACUACCUUGGGGAUGGAUGCAUAGUAACCAGAACAACAUGGAAAGACCUGGAGGCGGCUGGUUUUGCAGAGCUUCACCUAAGACACAUAGAGGCUCCAGAGGUUUCUUUAAUGAUACGGCCACACAUCGUGGGAUAUUCCAUCAAAUGACUGCAGGAGAAARGCUGAUUUUUUUAAUGCUUUGUGCUGUUUUAGUUCUACUGCCACUUUGAUUUCUAUUAUUAUAUGUUUAUACACUCACCGACCACUUUAUUAGGUACACCUGUCCAACUGCUCGUUAACACUUAAUUUCUAAUCAGCC